UCAGGUGAAUAAAUUCUCUACAAAUACGGUUCUCUCUCUGAGUCUUCAUAACUCAUCUUCAAUACCCUUUUCUAAGAGAAGUUGUCAAGCAAGACUGAUCAAACCUCAAUGGAGCCUGUUGCAAACGUGACUUGUCUUUUGAAAGUGAAUGUCCAUUGUGAGGCUUGCAAAAUGAAGAUGAUGGAAGUGAUGGGUUCCAUAACUGGAGUGUAUUCUGUCACCAUAGAGGCACAAGAAGGGACAGCAAAAGUUUGUGGUGAGGUUGACCCGAACAUACUACUAAGGGCCUUAGCCAGAUCAGGAAGGCAUGCAGAGCUCGUGUGGGUCAAGCUCAAACACCCCUCCCUAAGUAGAUGUAAUUAUGAGAAUGGCUAUGGCUCGAAUGGUUCGUAUGGCUAUGGUGCACUAGAAGAACCCUACAGGUACGGAAGAGCAUUGCCAUUGCCUGAACAUUCGUCUUACAACACACACCAGCACUGCCCGAUGAGAAGGGCUGUAAUGGAAGGUCCUACGUAUAGCACAAGCCUUCGCUACGGCUACAGCCCAUCGCCACCGGCUAGGUAUGUACCUGGGUAUCCACCGGCGGUGUAUGAUCCAUAUGAAGAAGAAACCAUCAACUUUUGCUGUGUUAUGUGAAUCAACAAAGACAUGCAUGGCUUGUCCUUCGGUUUCUUCUUAGCAAGAAAACUAAUAUAUCAUACGAUUAUGCGGGUGCUCUGGUUCGGAUUUGAAGUUAAUUUGAUUUGUUUAAUGUUCUGAAUUCCUAGGGUAUAAU